AUGGUGACGCAUCAUGGUAUCUCGGCGACGUACUGCUGUCGGCCACUACCCCGAGUCCCGAGUAUACACAUAAACAAAGCUGGAGUUUACAAAUGUCAAGCCCUAUCAAACACCGUGAGCUUACACUCGGAUAAUAGUUCUGCGUUAACCAUCACUGCUGUUGAAGGAAACACAUAUUCAAAGAAACAGACACUGAAAAUAGAACCUGAACGCACAACAAUUUACCCUGGAAGAAAUGUAGUUCUUACUUGCUCUGAUGCACCGAUGGGUUGUGCUGUGAAAACCAUUUUUCUGGUUGAUUCCAAACCUGUAGCUGAGAGCACUAAAUCGAUGACUGCUCAAAUCACUAUGAACAGCACUUAUAGUGGGAAGAAAAUAGCCUGCAGGCUGGAGCCAUUCGAGAAUAUUACAUUCGUAGAUUCAGAUGACAUGGGGACCUUACCAACAGAAGAUGCCAAUAUCAAGGUCACCACCGUGAAAGCGAUUGUAAUAGACGCGACUGGGGAAGAGCUUAAAACAGACACAACUUACAAUAUUGGAGCAGAAGGACCAACCAUCACCUGCCAGACCACCCCAGCACCAGAAAGUCUAAACCCUGAAAAAUUGUUGACGUAUGAGUUUUUAACGCCUAAACAUGGGACAGUGCAACAAAACAGUGCCUCGAAGAUACAUAGAGUGCCUACCAAUAAAAUAAGUGAUACAACUUACACAUGCACAGCCAAAUAUGAAAUGAAAAAUUCACUUGCUUCAGUGCAAACUAUAAAAGUAACUGUCUGUGCCAACAAUGUGACUGUUGCUGCUAGCGGCACUGCUUUAAGUAUAGGAUCAACCCUAGUUUUGUCAUGCGGCCUAGGACAAGAUGCAACACUCACCUACACAUGGCUUUUCAAUGAUAAAAUUAUCGAUGGCCAAGCUGACUGGAAGAUCCAACUCUACAACUUCACUGUGGCUGACAUCGGACUGUACAAGUGUUGGAACAUUCUAUUUAAAGAGGUCAAAAAUUCUUGA